UUAAACGAAGUAAUUCGUUAAUGGAAUCGCAUUAGCAUCGUCGCAGCUCCAACCUUCCGAUUUCCACACCACCAUCAACGCCAACGCAGUAUUAACGUAUCGAUCAUCGCCGUUUUUGCACUCCACUGCGAUAAUACAGGUCUCUGAUUUGAGUUUUUUUUUUUCUCUUUUUCUUCCUGUGAAAUAUCGAGUUCCGAAAAAAAGAGGUGUUUAUCCGUACGAUCGAGGGCGGAAAUGAAGAGCAGGAACCGCGGGAAAGUGUCUAUGCGAUGGAUUAUGGUCCUCUGCCUCAUCAGCUUUGGCCUCGGCAUUCUCUUCAGCAACAGGAUACUUACUGGUGUGUGGUAUGUAUUAAUUAUGGAGAAGUGAGUUGAUUUGUGAAUGUGGAUUGAUUUGCAAUUAGAAGAUGGACUUCUUUUCACAAGACGACGUUUGGGUGAAUUUGAGGCUACUUUGGAUGAAUGUGUUUCUGAUAAGGUAAAACUAAUUCCUGACGAGGAAGUGAUCAAAGAGUUCAGCAAAGCACAUGAAGCAAUGCAGUCUUUGGAUUCUUCUGUUGCCAAGCUACGCAUGGAGCUUCCGUCCAACAAGAAACAUCGCAAAUUGGGAAAUUUUGAGAAUUUAAAUGGUAAUUCCACUUUUGCUGGAAAUGCUGUGAUGAGAAAAAAAGUGUUUAUGGUCAUAGGUAUAAACACAGCAUUCAGCGGCAGAAGGAGGCGUGAUUCUAUCAGAGAAACUUGGAUGCCUAGAGGUAAAAGUUUGUUACAACUUGAAGCAGAGAAGGGUAUCGUGGUUCGUUUCAUGAUUGGUCACAGUGCAACAUCCAACAGUAUUUUGGACCGUGCACUCGACUCUGAAGAGAGCCAGCACUAUGACUUUAUUAGGCUUAAUCAUGUUGAAGGGUAUCACGAGUUAUCAGCAAAGACAAAAUCAUUCUUCUCUGCUGCUGUAGAAAGAUGGGAUGCUGAGUUCUUUGUCAAAGUGGAUGAUGAUGUUCAUGUCAAUUUGGGCACAUUAGCUGCAAUGCUGGCACGUCAUCGCUCCAAACCCAGAGUAUAUAUAGGAUGUAUGAAGUCGGGACCAGUUCUUCAUCAGAAGAAUCUAAAGUACCAUGAGCCCGAGCACUGGAAGUUCGGGGACCAAGGGAACACGUACUUUCGACACGCUACUGGGCAGAUAUAUGCCAUAUCAAGGGAUCUGGCUAAAUAUGUGUCAGUCAACCAACAAAUCCUGCACAAGUAUGCUAAUGAAGACGUGUCCCUUGGAGCAUGGUUUAUCGGUCUUGAAGUCGAGCAUGUAGACGAUCGCAGCAUGUGCUGUGGGACUCCACCUGACUGUGAACAGAAAGCACAGACGGGCAAUGUUUGUGUAGCGUCGUUCGACUGGAGCUGCAGUGGCAUUUGCAAAUCUGUGGAGAGAAUCAAGGGAGUUCACUCUAUUUGUGCUGAAGAUGCUUCCACUCUUCGGAAUGCGCUCGUCUAGGCAAACCUCGUAAAUUCGAAUACACUCACAAGCAGGAAAGCUUGAUGACGGAGAAGUACAUAUAUGAAACAAUGUUCAAAGCUGAAACGAAUUGGGAGGAUUUAGAAAGAAGAUGAAUAAGGUAUUUUGAAAUGCAAUUACUUUUCCCAUUGCUGCUUCUUGUUUCUUGUACUAGCGUGUAUACACCAACUAGUAAUAAGCAAUUUUCCAAUAAAUGAAUAUCUUCCAAAAA